GAGAACACAUCCCUACCUCUUUGGCUCCUAUGUCCCGGCACAAACGUGGAUGCCUUGAGCAUGGUAAGCAUCGCUGACUUGACCAGCCUGGCUGAAGAAUUUUCCACCGCCUUGGUUGUCUUGCAAGGUGUGGAUUUGCGUUUGAAUGUGGGAGCAGAUGCUCGUGCCAUCGACGGACGACCUGAUGACAUCGGCUAUACCAAAGCUGUCAUUGCUGAUGCAGGCAAGAGAAUUCGAAUCGAUGAUCAGCAGAUCUACUGCAUAGGUUCUUCCCGUGGCGCGCGCUUUUGUUCGCGCCUGGCCUCCGAGCUGCAUUUUCCGGCCUUGGCCGGGCUGCUGCUGAACGCUGGGCUGCGGCUUCCGAGGCCUAACAAUGCUUCGAUGCAGUUGCCAAUCAUCGCCAUGCAUGAUUUGAAGGACAAGGUGAACCCUUACGAUGGCCAUGGAGCCGCAUAUUGGCAAGAGUCCGUGCCAGAGGCUGUGCAGGCCUGGGCCGAUUUCAAUCAAUGCAAGUCCAAGACUCCUCGACAGCUGGGCGUCCCAGUUCUUGAAAUUGUGGCAUUUACUGAUGAUGGUCUUUGGGCCUUCAACGCCUUCGCUGUGGGCUUUGGGGCCGCGCAGAGCCCCAGCAGGAAACGAAAGGCGGUGAACAAAGAGGAGCUGAAGGCUGACCACGGAGCGAAGGCAGACGCCAUUGAGAAGAUCCUGAAGGGCGGCGCCGCAGGGAGCCCGGAAGACAUGGUCCGGGCGCGCUUUUCGGCGUGCCGCAGCAAGGAUUCCGUCUUCAUGGCGAAGACGGAGGUGGAUCCCUUGAAAUCCAAGCUGAGCAAUCGCGUAAAGGCCUGGGGUAUUUGUUUUGGUACCGAGAAGGGCGAUGAAUACGACACGGAGGCGGGGAAAGCGGCCAACUUGCGGGAAGUUGAAAAGUUGGAAAUUCUGGAGGCCUCUGGAAAUGAGGUGGAGUUCAAAAUUUAUUGUGCUGAUGGGACCCUGCUGGAACGCAGCGUCAUGAAGGAGGACGAGAAGUGGGGCUGGGUCUAUUCCGGUGAGUCCAAAAAGGACGAAUGGCUCUGUGAUUCAGAUUUGCGUGUCAACACACAUCCCACCGCCUUGAAGGCUCCACAUAUCGUGCUUGAAAUCUGUGAAUUUACUCGUUUGAAGUGUUGCGACUGGUUCCCAUGGGAUUUCAAGGCCAGCACCCUUGGACUUGCAGAGAAAAAACGAUAUGAAAAGAUCGUGGUGUACCGAAAUUUUAUGCAUGUGGAUUGUGAAUCCUUCGCAGAAGUGUGGAUCAUGGUCACUGACACAGGUCGGCAUUCGUGGCCGGGCAAGGCCUUCGUAGAGAUCGGGUGGCAGUUUCUGCAGCUUCAGAGCGCGCGUCGCCAGGGUGAAGUGCCUAAACCCGCAGGCGAGAAUUGGCCCGAUGAGUGGCCUUUGUACACAGAAGGCCUGCGACUCAUUUGUGCUUCAGAAUGCUGGUGCUUCGUGCCGCCCGAAGACCCGGAGAUUUUGCUCCGCCGCCUGCGGCGCGCCACGCCGCUGCUGCUGCGCGGCUUCGCGGCGGUUGCGGCGAAGGACUGGGAGCUGCAGAGGCUGUGGGAAGACGCGGAGGGCGGAAAGCAGGUUGAGUUGCAGGUGAGUGGCAGUGAUCAGCAGAACUUUCAUGGUUUCGGCGGAGUACUGCAACGUGUUCCCUUGGCGCAGCUGCAGAGUGCAGCUUCGGAGGCGCAGGAAGAGAAGCGAUCAUUGUACUUGGUGCAGUGUCCCAUUUGGUCGAGAGGCGCUGAAGAUACAUCGCUGGAACAUUUGCUGCCCAAGGUCACGGACCUUGCGCCCUUCACACGCUGCGCGUUCUCCCGCGGGGAUGCGGGGAGUCGCUUGGAACUGGAUUGGGCCAAACGCUUGGAGUCUGCCAAUCUCUGGGCUUCGAUUGGGGACACACAUUCCAACCUGCAUUACGACUCCAAGCAUGGGUUGUUGAUCCUCCUCCGCGGCAGCAAAGUGGUGGAGCUCUUUCCACCCAGCCAGACGCCUCGCCUGGGGGCCUACGAGGUCACCGACCCGCUGCGGGCGCAUCAUUCCAAGGUGCCACACUGUUGUUUGGCAGCGCGAUUGAAGGGAUGUGUUUGCGCAUCAGCUUGUUGGCCAAAGAUGCAGCAAGCCAGAAGCUUCCAAACUGAGCUGCAGAUGGGAGAUGCCUUACUGAUCCCUGAGGGCUGGUGGCACCACGUCAAGACCAGUGGCGUCGCUGAUGCCUCCGCGGGAGGGCAGCCGGUGGCAAUCGCCAUGAACCUUUGGUGGAGCCAAUAUGCUCGAGAGCCCAAAUCUGCACGGCCCUAUAUCUUGAGGCGUUUGCUGGGAGACAUGCUUGCCAGCCGCAGCGCGUCCCACUUUCAUCGCCGUGUGCGACGAAAGCGCGUGGCCAAGCGCCCGGCGCGCCCGGCCACGCUGCGGGCGAUGCUGACGGCGGCUCAGAGGUCCAAAGCUCCAAGGCAUGACCUGUGGCUGCGGGCACUCAGGAGCUCUGGCGACACCUUGCCGCAGCAACUGGCAGACGCCGCGCUUUCAUCGCAGUCCGAAGAGAAGGAACUCUUGGCUGAUCUGCUGGGCUGCCUUGAUGCUGCACAGGUCUCCGCGCUCCUCAGCAGCCUGGACUCCGCCGCUGCGCAGGACCACAGCGGCGCCGCCGCAGCGGCGCUCCGCCAGCUGUGGCGCGUGGUGCCACAGCGGGCGCUGCUGGCGCAGUGGCAAAACCACCUGCGACGCUUGGGCAAUGCCAGGUAG